UCCUUUAUGAAAAUUAUAUCAAGAGUUGCUGGUUCUCAAGACCUCACAGAGGAUCAUAAUCGACCAUGGCAAUGGCAACUCUUGCUUCCUCUUCCUCUAUCGUCUUCACCGCUAAUCCAUCAUCAUCUACUUCCACUUCUUCUUCUGCAGCUCGUUCCUUGGCCCUUCCGCCACGCCUCACCCUCUCCUCUUUAUCUUCGUCAACCACUCUCUCUUCCCUUUUUUCAAAUUCUCCAACUUCGGUCGCUUAUUCCACCAGUUCAAGGCGGGUUCUAACUUGUAUCCCGGCCUUCAGUGUCGUCAAGGCCAGUGCUGCAGAGAAGAAAAAGGUGCUCAUUGUCAACACCGACAGCGGCGGACAUGCAGUCAUUGGCUUCUACUUCGCCAAACAACUUCUGGGUUCCGGCCAUGAGGUCACCGUUUUAACUGUGGGUGAAGAGAGCUCUGACAAGAUGAAGAAGCCGCCUUUCAACCGAUUCUCAGAAAUUGUGAGUGCUAAUGGGCGGACAGUUUGGGGUGACCCUGCUGAUAUUGGGAAGGUGUUAGAGGGAGCUACAUUUGAUGCAGUAUUGGAUAACAAUGGCAAGGACUUGGAUGCUGUGAGGCCUGUUGCAGAUUGGGCCAAGAGUUCUGGUGUAAAACAGUUUCUGUUUAUCAGCAGCGCAGGUAUUUACAAGCCUACAGAUGAGCCUCCUCAUGUGGAAGGGGACGUUGUUAAAGCUGAUGCCGGUCAUGUUGGAGUGGAGAAAUAUAUUUCAGAAAUCUUUGAGAGUUGGGCAGUUUUCCGUCCACAGUACAUGAUCGGUUCUGGCAACAACAAAGAUUGUGAAGAGUGGUUCUUCGACCGGAUUGUUCGAGGAAGGCCGGUCCCGAUUCCUGGUUCUGGAAUGCAGCUGACCAAUAUUGCUCAUGUUCGGGACUUGUCAUCAAUGCUUACUUUGGCGGUUGAAAAUGCAGCUGCUGCGAACGGAAACAUCUUCAACUGUGUCAGUGACCGUGCAGUGACACUGGAUGGAAUGGCGAGGCUAUGUGCGCAAGCUGCGGGCCUGCCUGUGGAGAUAGUGCAUUAUGAUCCAAAAGCUGUUGGAAUUGAUGCCAAGAAAGCUUUUCCCUUCCGCAACAUGCAUUUCUAUGCGGAGCCAAGGGCUGCUAAGGAGAUUCUGGGGUGGAAGGGUACAACAAAUCUCCCAGAAGACCUGAAGGAGCGGUUUAACGAGUACGUGCAGCUUGGCAGAGACAAGAAAGAGAUGAAGUACGAGAUAGAUGACAAAAUUCUAGCUUCACUGAAAGUACCAGUAGCCGUAUAAUUUGAUUUCUAAGUUCUGAGCGUCCUCCAGAUUGCUUGUCGGGGCAAAUUUUCGGUAGAAAUAUUUCCACAUCGUGUAAGAGGCCAUAAAUUUGGCAAAUUCAGUGGGAAUCCACCCAAAAGCAAACAGGACCAGACUACUUUACAAAUUAUUUAGGUGCUAGUUUUGUGUAUUUCACCUAAUGAAAUGUGCUUAUCUCUCUUAUGACGAUUGACAAGAGA